UUAAUGUCUCGGGGAAGCCGAAGCACUCUCUGGACGUAAACCGCAGCAAUGGUGGGGAUACCAAAGGUGGUCGGACGGCCGCCACGGUGCGACGGCUCAAGAUGUACAACACCCGGCCCAAGAGGGACCAGAAGGGGAAGAUCUUGAAGCACGAGCUCCAGUCCAAGGAGCUUCCUAAUACCCGCAUCGAGCCCGACCGCCGAUGGUUCGGUAACACACGGGUUGUGAAUCAGAAAGAACUUGAAUUUUUCCGUGAGGAGCUUCAAAACCGACUUUCUAAUAACUACAAUGUCAUACUGAAGGAGAGGAAAUUGCCAUUGUCCCUUUUAAAUGACCAUCAAAAGCAAGCAAAAGCACAUCUUCUUGAUACAGAGCCUUUUGAAGAUGCAUUUGGACCAAAGAGGAAGAGAAAACGCCCAAAGCUUUUAGCAU